AUGGCGAACUAUUUGGCGUCCAUCUUCGGGACUGAGCAAGACAGCAAAUCUCACCCAGGCGCUUUCUACUACAAAAUCGGCGCCUGCCGCCACGGCGACCGCUGCUCACGAAAACACGUCAAGCCCUCCUACUCCCAGACCAUCCUCCUACCGAAUCUAUACCAGAACCCGGCCUACGACCCCAAGAACAAGAUGAACGCGUCGCAGCUCCAGAACCACUUCGAUGCGUUCUAUGAGGACUUCUGGUGCGAGAUGUGCAAGUACGGCGAGAUUGAAGAGGUUGUAGUUUGUGAUAAUAACAAUGAUCACCUCAUCGGCAACGUCUACGCGCGCUUCAAAUACGAAGAUUCCGCGCAACAAGCCUGCGACGCGCUGAAUUCGCGCUGGUACGCCGCGCGGCCCAUCUACUGCGAGUUGUCGCCCGUCACAGAUUUCCGGGAAGCGUGUUGUAGGCUCAACAGCGGCGAGGGAUGCGUCCGCGGCGGGUUCUGCAACUUUAUACAUCGCAAGGAACCGAGUCCUGAGCUAGAUAGAGAGCUGGAGCUUGCGACGAAGAAGUGGUUGAGGGCCAGGGGGAGGGAUGAUAGGAGUGCGAGUCGGAGUCCCAGUCCGGAGCCGACCAGGAAGAGGGGAUGA